AUGGCACCGUAUGGGCAUUAUAUAGGAGACCUUGUAGAUAAUUGUUGUGCUGGUCAAAGAUUGAAGACAAACCUGAUUGGGCGACGACUUCUGACAACUCAAUCACAUCAGAAGAGUUACACGGAUAGGAGAAGUAGACCUCUAGAGUUUCAAGAGGAGGAUCACGUGUUUUUGAGGGUUAGUCCGAAGCGAGGGGUACAGAGAUUUGGGAGAGCAGGGAAGUUAGCUUCGAGGUUUAUAGAACCAUUUGAGAUUUUGGAGAGAGUGGGGACGAGAUACCAUAGGGAUUCUUCUCAUAUAUUUGAUUGGUCUACCUUGGAGAUUGGUGAGGACGCUACUUUUGAGACACUUCCUACCAGGAUUGCGGAUAGACAGGAGAGACGACUAAUAUUGAAGACCAUAUCCUUAGUCAAGGUGAUAUGGCAGCAUUAUGGAGCUGGGGAGGCGACCUGGGAGUUGGAGUCUGACUUGCGAGCUAGAUACCUAGAGUUAUUCACUACCUAG